AUUUCCCAUAAUCCCCUACAGAAACCGCUGAACGGCAGGUCGUUGUUAUAAUCAUCGCCGCUGAAAGUGAAGAGGUCAUCGCUAACAGACCAGGUGUUGUUAAACUCCACAGUCUCAGAUCAGCAUCAACGCGUGGGGCAAGUUUAAAGUAAAAUAAUAAAAUAAAAAUUGUAAACAUUUUAUAUGACAGAAUGGAGGUAAUUGAGUCGAUAGUCACCGACAGCAUCGAGGUGGAAAAUACAACCAGCACAGUUUCAACGCUGGACACCGAUAAGUCCAAAACAGAGUUCGUGUGGACGUUACAGGCCACGUGGCACUUGGUGCACGUCCGUCUGGACAUGGAGGCGGAGUUCGAUCAGCCCGUGUGUAAGAAGAAGAGGCUGUGGGAGAGCGCGGCCGAGCGAGUGACGGCCAGGUUAAGAGCCGAAGGUUACGCCGACGUGCCGGCCCGAGCCUUCGAGUGCGACCUGAAGUGGAGGAACAUGUUAGCGACGUACAGGAAGAACGCGGAGCGCGCUAAGCGCCUGGGACUCCACGCCGUGCACUGGGAGUUCUUCAGGGCCAUGCACGAGGUUCUCGGCCGCAGCUACGAGGAGGUCGAGGCUCAGCGCAAAACCAAGCUGAGCAACACCAAGCUAGAGAUAGCCAUGGCAAAUAAACGCUACACGCCCAUCCUUCCCACGCCCACCCUCACAGCCCCCGCCCCCGCCCCUGCACCUACCCCUGCCCCCACCCGGCCUCCCCAGGACGUUCUGCAACUUUAUCUGGAGCUCCAGGAGCGCAAGCUGAACAUGUGGGCUCAGCAGAAAGCGCUGGAGGAGAGAAAGAUCGAAGCCAUCAACAACCUGGCACGUGCCAUCAGCAGCCUGGCGCAGGACGCAGCGACCACGCCCAAAAAUGACGCCGUCUCAGAUGCACUCGCCUCCCUGUCCGCCCAGCAUUAAAGACUCACGU